UUGGGCGCGUCGCCGUGCGGCCGUGGCGGCUGUGAGGUGAAAAUGUCGGGCCGAGAGGCCCGCGAGGGCAAGAAGUUGGUCCGCUCGCCCAGCGGGCUCCGGAUGGUGCCUGAGAGCCGGGCCGCGCGGAGCCCCUUCGAUCUGGAAGAGCCGCCGUGGGUGCCCGAUAAGGAGUGUCCCAGAUGCAUGCAGUGCACUACGAAGUUUGACUUCAUAACCAGAAAGCACCACUGCAGGAGAUGCGGGAAGUGCUUUUGCGACAAAUGCUGCAGCAAAAAAGUGCCUCUGCCCCGAAUGUGCUUUGUGGACCCCGUGCGCCAGUGUGCUGAAUGCUCUCUCGUUUCCCAGAAAGAGACGGAGUUCUAUGUCAAGCAGCUCAAAGUGCUCAUGAAUGGUGCUACAUUUUUUGUAACUCCAGGAACGACAGAAAAGUCAGAAACAAUGGUUUGUCGACUUUCCAACAACCAGAGGUAAGAAGCGUGCUCAGGAAUUAAGUGGCUGACUGUCCAGAUUCUUACGGAGGGAUUCACUCCUGGAGAAAAAGACAUUCACACUUACACCAGCCUGUGGGAAAGCGAACACAUUACGGAAGGAGGCAAUACUCGUGCUAUAGGUAUGCUCCUUCAGUACAAGGCGCCGGGGUCAGAGGAACUCAAACAGUUGAAAUUCACCGCUGGAGAAGACUUCAAUUCCAACAAGAAACUGUCAGCAACUUGGCUAGCAGCCAUGCACAAGGCGGCAAAACUUCUUUAUGAAUCUCGGGACCAAUAACUUCUGAUCUGAGGGGGAAAAGAUGAGCUCUCAGAAUAAACAUCUCACUUCCUGCUAGUUCACAUGGUAAUAAGUACUUGGUAAUAGAGGGAACCACCCUGCCCUGUUCUUACCCGCUAAAUGUGGUUCAUUAUGUGAGCACUGGCCAAUAACGAUGUAUUUGACCCAUAAGUAUUCACUUAUUUAGUGUGCAAUAUGUAUACAGUGCAUUAAUGCUUUAAAUAUAGCCUUGCCGACUUUAUAUUUUGUUAAAAUCGUGUCUGCACUUACUAUGUAUAACGGAAGUGUGACCUGCACUACUGCUUAAAUGUAUAGCACAACUUUUGUAGUACAGAUUAUGUAUAAUUCACUAUAAAAAGGAAACACUCAUGUUCGAUGCUCCCGAGAAUAGCUUUUCAGGUGUGUAGAUCUCAGGUUCUCCCCCCCCCCCAUCUAAAUGAUCUAUGAAAUCUGCCUUAGGUACCCUUUUAUAGAAGCCACUCUUUCUUGUGGUGGGGGAUUUGUAUCAUGAUAUUAAACACUGCUCUUGUAAAAAUAAGUCUACCAAAUGCCACAGAUUGUCCCUGUGAAAGCCAACCUUUUUGAAUGAAGCUUCCAGCAAGACUGUUUUGGUGUUUUUUUUGAAGUUUUAUAUUCAUGCUUU